AUGCCUAGCAAGACGCCUCAGCGCAACGGCAAGCCCACCCAAAACGGCGACCGCAAAGAUACCGAGAUGAAGGACGCCGGCAAGUCCAAGGCCAAAAAGGGUGCCAAGGACGGCGACGAAGAGAUGACUGUUGUUGUGCCCCCAUCCAAGGCCAAAAAGGGUCCUGCUGCCCGCCCUGCCGACGCCGAUGGCGAUGUCGCCAUGGGCGAUCAGGAUAUUGCUGAGCAGGUUGACCCCACGGAGCAGACUGUCACAGACAUCAAGAGCAAUUUUGCUCUACUAGACCGCGCCGUCGCCCUCUUCGAUGCCAGAUUCUCCCUCCGAGCCCUUCGAUCCAUCUCUCUGCUACGAAAACGUUUGAGUCCCGAUGUCAUUUCCCAGGCCAUUGUCGAUACCUUUCCAGCUACCGUCACCGCUGGAAACGUCGCCAAAUCCCUCCUUGUUGCCGUUGGCCGCGAAAGUAUCCCUCUCAAGGCCCUCAGUGAGAUGGACAUCGACUCCGACUCCAAGCCCGCCAAGAAUGGCGUCAAGAAGGAGACUAAAGAUGUCAUUCCCGAAAUCGACGUCUUCCUCGGUAUCCUCAUCCAGGUUUACCUCUUUGACACCAAGCAGUAUCAGAAGGGUGCUGCAUUCUCCGAGGAGCUCGUGGAGCGUGUGCAGUCUCUUAACCGCCGCACUCUCGACUCGCUCUCUUCCAAGGUCUACUUUUACUACUCGAUCUUCUGCGAACACAUUGCCCCCCUGCCACCCUCGCCAGAGUCGCCCGUCGUCGCCAUUCGCCCGAAAUUGCUCUCGGCCCUCCGCACAGCUGUUCUACGCAAGGACAUUGACACGCAGGCCUCCGUCAUUGUGCUGCUAUUGAGGAACUAUCUCUCAACCUCUCACAUCAACCAGGCCGAUCUGCUAGUAUCGCACACCCAGUUUCCCGAAAAUGCCGUCAACAAUCAGGUUGCCCGUUUUCUGUACUACCUCGGUCGCAUUCGCGCCAUCCAGCUGCGAUACACCGAAGCCCAUGAGCACCUCACCGCUGCCACACGUAAGGCGCCAUCCAGCAACUGUGCCGUUGGCUUUUCGCAGACCGCUACCAAGCUGCUUAUGGUGGUUGAGCUGCUCAUGGGAGAUAUUCCUGACCGCGCCACUUUCCGCCAACCUGCCCUCGAGGAUGCCCUGCACCCCUACUUCCUCCUGGUCCAAGCCGUCCGCGUUGGUAACCUUGAGGAGUUUGAGAUCGCUAUUGCCGACCACGCCGAAGCCUUUCGCCGCGACGGAACAUACUCUCUCAUUCUGCGCCUGAGACAAAAUGUCAUCAAGACUGGUAUUCGCAUGAUGUCGUUAUCCUACUCGCGCAUCUCCCUGCGUGACAUUUGCAUUCGCCUGCAUCUGGGAAGCGAAGAGAGUGCAGAGUACAUUGUCGCCAAGGCUAUCCGCGACGGCGUCAUCGAGGCCACUCUCGAUCGCGAGCACGGUUUUAUGAAGAGCAAGGAGGUUGGUGACGUGUACGCUACCAGAGAGCCUGGCGAGGCAUUCCAUGACCGUAUUCGGGCAUGCCUUGCCCUCCACGACGAAAGUGUCAAGGCCAUGCAAUUCCCCAUGAACCAGCACCGUCUGGAGCUGAAGAACGCGCAAGAAGCUCGGGAGCGGGAGCGCGAAAUGGCCAAGGAGAUACAAGAGGGUGACUUGGAUGACGACGACUUAGGCGGCGACUUUGACGGAAUGUAG